GAAGAAGUGGUAGCCUCAUCUGGUGAAAAGGCGGUUUUGCGUGAUGCCACGAAACGUCUGAACAUCGAGAUCAAACGUGCGAAAGAAGAGCUCAAGUCAGCCCAAGAACGGGGACAAUUGGCCGAGAAAUCGAAAGCAGAGCUGCAACAUGAACUUGCACGAGCGAGGAGAAACAUCGAUGACUUGGAACAUCACCUCGAUCUCGAGCGGACACGGCUUCGAACACUGAACAAGGAGAAUUCCACCGCUACGAAGGAAAAGGAGAGGAUAUUAGAGAAACUUUCCGAAACUGAACAGCGAAUGGAGCAAACGAGGGACCGGCUGUUCCAAUUGAAAGAAGCCAAUAUCAAACUGGAAGCUGAGCUUAGAGUUGAGCGGAAGACUGCGGCCAUUGAAGAGGCGCUCAUUGGCAACAGGGAAACUAUCGAGAGACUACGUCAACAGCGGUCUGAACUCUCAGACAAAUACUACGAUUUACAGCAGCAACUUGCUGAAGCCUCAAAGAAUGCGGGUGAACUGGCAGCAAAGCACGCCAAGCUGCAAAUGUCAUACGACGGUCGUCGCCGCCAACUUGACCGCCAGGCGAAAGAAAUCGAGAACCUUCGUGCAGCAUUCAACACACAACCACAGUCAAUGAAACAGACGCGGGCUGAAAAGGAAAAUAUCAAAUCGGAUACUCCAGGCCUUCGUCCCUUGGCGUCGAAACUUGAGUUUGAACUCAAGCGUAUUCAACAAGAAGCAAAUCAAUUCGGACGGGACCUCGUACGACUUCGGGCUGAGCGGGAUCAACUGGUCGUUCAUCAUCGUGACGAGGUGGAACGGCACGAGCGCACGACUAAGCAAAUCCGAGCACAACUUCGAGACUUAAAACAGCAGCUUGCGAAGCGGAAAGAGCAACCGAACACUGCUGUAGAAAUAGAAGCAGCUGUGGAAUCUCUUCGCCUUAGACAUAACAAAGAAUGCAAAGGUCUCUUUGUCCAAAUUCGAUAUUUGAAAGCCAAAUUUACGCGGGAAGCUGCUCUUCGCGACGAUCUCGGCUAUCAAAAGAGUUAUCUUCUUGUGCUUUUAUCCCGAUAUGAAAAAAGCGAGAAGAGAAUCCUUGCCACCAUAGCGCAGAUUGAGCCUGCGUCAGCCCCGAAGCGACCUCGUCGGUGUAAACGCUUACGAACUGCGGUAUUGGCACUAAUAUUCAUCUUCCGCGCUCGACGUGCAAGCGAAGCCUGGCGUGAACAACGAUCGGCGUGUGACGCCAUUGCAGUAGCACUGGAUAACGUACGACAGGAUAGACUUUUAAAGGACUGAAACUUUUUUGUUUAGUUGCAUAGAUUUUUGCUAU